AUGGAGGAUGAAAAGUCAACUCGGGUCCAUUGUGAACGCGAAACUGUCAAGUUCUGCUCCAUUUCCGCUUCGAAUGACCUUCUCGCUGCCACCGUACUUGACGUCCAUCUGAUGACAUUUGGCAUAAAAAAUGGCUGUUAUAAUGGAGUGAAAGUGGCGAUCAUUUCGGUUAAUGGCACUGGUUUCGGGAUGAAUGUCUGUGUUGUUGUUUUGGUGGUUUUGUUGGUUUCGAGGGUGAGGUGCGAGGUCAGUUAUUUGGACUUGAACUUGGACAAGUUGAAUGAUUUUUGGCAUCGAAAUGCGGUGAUGGCGUUGUUGAGGGUGAGUUGAGGGGGGUUGUGAGUUUGGCAAAAUGAUUUAUAGACCUAAACAUCGGCUUGAAAAUAUAUGCAAUUUCAGGUGAAAGCCAACUCGUUAAAGCGUCAACUUCCCUCGACAGAACGGAUCGUCUAUGACCAAUGUGCACGAGAAGCGCAAAAUCCUCCAACGCUCGCGGCCUGCGUCGUUGGUCUGCUCAAUUCCCGCGACAAUCAAAGCCAAAAUUACGCGAGUCCUCAGAAAUCGACCGAUCUGUUCAGCUCAAUGAAGUCUUUGUUUCAUGAGGUUUUUCCUUCGCCAACUCUGGGCGUCGCAACAGAUGAUGGGAAGGGCAAAUUGAACUUGAAUGGUAAGUAAUUUUGCCAAAAGUUUGGGCCCAUAAAACAGCUUGAUUUACCACUGCUGUAGCUCUUUUUUUUAGCCGAAAAUCCCUCUGAUAAUCCACCGGAAAUUCCCAUCGAAUCUCAAGAAAACGAACCAGACCCAGAUCUCGUCAAAAUCAUCAACGACUUAAGAGUAGAACAACAAAAACAGCUGACCGUUUUCAACAAGGCCAAGACAAGAGAGAAACGGUCAUUGCCGCCGGCUUUGAGUAACCUCCAAAAAAUCCGCAAUUACAUAUCUACUGUAGAGAAAUGCAACAAAUACGCAAAUGAGGUCAAUAACGUUAAUUCCGAAUACUUUCGACGGGCCGGCCUCAAGAUGGAAUUCAGCGUGAAAGAGCCGGAGAAACUCGGAUUUCUCGAUGAGAUUGUGAAAAUGAUCAAUGAUGGAAUGGUAUGGUGACUAUUUUAGAUAAAUUUUUGCAAUGUAAAAAAUGUCGCGCAAAGACUACUUGAAAAGCAGAGAGCGGGAACAUUACCUUAAAAAUUAACAUGCAAUUUUUUAUGCCAAAAUUCGCAAAAAAGUGUCACAUUUUUUACCAACUUUGGACCUAAGAAUCUCGGUCGUUUCUGCAAAGCGCGGGCUAGAAAACUCGUAAAAAUUUUUUAUUGUCGGCAAAAAAUUAUUCCUUAUUUGCGACAAUUGUCAUCAAAUUCUGAGAGUUACACUUGCAGUACUCCGUCUUCUUGUGUUCUGUUCACUUUUUGCAAAGUUUAUUUUUCUCUUUUCAAAUCCUAUUCUUUUAGCGAAACAACAGCAAGAUCUCGGUGCUGUCUCCACGACUGUUGCCGUUGUUUAGUGGCAAAAGGCGACCUCAUCUGCUUUCCCCAAAUCUAUUCAGUUUUCAACCCAACGAUGGAGUGUUGUCUUUGCCCGACAUUUUUAAGGUAAGCUGGUUGUUAUUGAAGCACAAUAAUAUAAACACAGUAACCGAAAUAUAUAUCGACUAAGAGCGGUAAGAGAGAACAACGUUUUCCGGAUCUAUAAUAUAUACAGCGACGGACCUGAUUAAGUGGCAAAAAAGGUAUCAUUUUGCAUCGGGAGGUAUCAAAAAUAUGGCAAAAUUCCUCCCUCUCCAACUAGGUCGCGCUCUUUCGCUCACAAAAAGAGCGGCCGAGCUUUUGAAAUCGGAGGUUUUUCACUUGGAGAGGGAGGUAAUUUGCUACAUUUUUUGAUACUUCCCGAAUUCAUAGUGGUACGUUUUUUGCCACUGGAUCAGGUUCAACACAUAUUCAUUACUGUCAUCUAGGAUAGAAAAAAAACGAUUUUUUGUGCAAACACUACCACCUAUGAUAGCGAUAAACACGAAACUUUUUUCCAUUUUGUGAUCAAAAAUCAUCAAAAUGCUUUAUUUACUCUUGAAAAGCUUUCGCGAACACUUCAACGAGCUCAUUUGCAAGAUGGCCAAGGCUAAUUACUCCGUACAUAUAUACAUAUGUAUUUACAUGUAAUAAUACGGUGGUUGGACUUCGAGUUUAAUCCGACUCUCCUUGACAACCAAAGCACAAAAGAACCACCGUAAUGACCCCCAAUUAUAGAUUACUUUGGGUGAUAAAAACAACAACACUUUCCAUAUAAUCCAGAAAAUAGUAUCGUAUUAAAUUUUAUUCCCGUCCCUUCAUGUUUUCUGUUUUUCGGAUGACUUUUUUUGCAGAAAAUUGCACAAAUUAAGGGGCUUGUUUACGAUUACUACGACGAGCCUGUUUUUCAAAUACAUCCCGAGGUGCAACGGGAAGUCACGCCGCAGGGCAUGGUAACUAUCUUCGAAAGUUGACGACUGUAAAUUCGGUUUACAACCGGGGAAAAUUUCGCAAAUAAAGUUGCGGGUGGCUGUAGGAACUGUAGUCGGCGGUAGUGGGAAUUACGGUUUUUUAGAACCGGAAAAGAGUUAUUUUAGUACUUUAAGAUACUAUUGAGAAAUAGUGAAACAAAAGAAAAAUCAUUGCAAGACCAAUAUUUCAAAGGUUUUGUAAAGAGAAUGUUUUGAUUGCAGAGAUCACAACGGGUUUCAAUCGAAAGUUUGUCAUUGUUUUUCAAUUUCGAAAAGAACGUUGAAAAGUGGAAAUUCCUUUAGAACGCUACUUGAUUAGAAUACGAAAUUUCCGGCGUAUGCAAGAUUAGAUAACUCUAUUUUACAUAAAGCAACGUCUGUGUUCUCUCAAGUCUUGGAGCAAUCUACUAUUAUAAAUGGCGCCCUAAAUCCUUUCCUCAAAGCAGUCAAAGCAGUAGAGAUAUCCAAGCGGGAUUGCUGAAAAGAGAGUGCGUAAUGGCGGAGAGGAGGCCAGAGAAAAAAUAUUUUUGGCUAUAAAUUCCCUACAGUUAAAGAUUGAAUACUGUAAAAAUUUGCUGGCUUCUCUGGUAGCUUUAACGCUGAGUUUUGGUAUGCAAAUUUUUUUUGCCAUAAUUUUGCCGACUCUGGGAAAAAAUUGAUUUCUUGCGGAAACGUUUUUGUCCCAAUAGGAAAAAUUUCUGAAGAUUUUCACACCAAAAAUUUGCAUAGAAAGAUGUAAAUUUUCUCCAAGUUUUAAGAGCCAAAAUCUUUAUUUCUGCUAACCGCAAGCUACAGGAAUCUCAUAUAUGUCUCAGAAAGAAACUGUCUAAAUAUGUGGCAAUUUUCAUUACAGCACAUUCUCUCUGAACGCAAUAUGAUGAAUCUGCAUUUGCAGUGAAAAGACAGCUUCAGAACGCUUUAUUCUGAUGUCACCGCUUUGUAGCUUGGUCGCUGAUUCUCUGUUAAUUCUUCUCGUUCUACACCGCAAACACUCCAACAACUAACAACACACUUUUUACACCGUCAGAACCCCAAAAUUUCAGCUCAAACCUCAAUUAUCUCUCAUACAAAUCUCCUUGUUAGCAACCAAAAAAGACUCGGAAGUGAAGAAACACUAAAAUUAUCCCCUAUUAUUUCCAAAACGGGCACUACUCUUUGAGACUUUAAUCCCAAAAAAGCGGUAAACAAGAGCUCCACGCCUGAAAUUAGCCCAAAUUGAUGCUCUUUCCGGGAAUGCACUCUGGGGAACGGCGAGAAAACAGUAUUUACCUUGGGGCUAAAAUUAGCUCCAAAUUGAAUUUCGCGUGAAAACAGACAGACAAUUUGUUUAUCAAGCCCGUUUGCAACUGCAAAAACAUAAACUAUGGUCACGGGGCUUUCGGCAUAAAAAUAACAAAUGGAAGAAAAAAUAUUUGUUUUCGAAGGAUAAACAAGCUAUGUUCGCAGCCGCCUGUGAUUGGCCAAUCUGGCAUUGAAUCCUGAGGUAAUGGUGGUGAUGAAAAAUGUGAUUUUUUAAAUGAAAAGUGAAGUUUUAAAAAUCAUAAAAAAACUCAUAGACUUACAGCACAAAUAUUCACGCAAAACAUUACAAAAUUUUUUAUGUUUUUUAAGCUGAUGCUUUGCAGAAAACUCUUUAAUUUUUAGACCAAAGCUGCCAAAGAAAAAAUUUUGAGAGUACGCCAAUCGUCGGCCGGACUGACCAGUUUAAAACUUGCUAAUAUCAUUGAUAAAUGCUGUAUUCCGAAGAUAUAAACAAAAAUAUCUCAAAAAACCCAGUCAUGUCUUGGCAUUGCGUUUUGUUUUUAUUGGCGCACCCAAUUUUCGCUUCAAGACUCAGUAAUUAUACCGGGCCGGAGGUGGUGCUCCUUGCCCGGUAGCCAUGUCUAUUUGCACUAGUAUAUACAUAUAACUACUCUAACGUGGUAGUAUAUACAUCAUAAAUAAAGGGUUUUUCAUGAAGCCUAAUAAGUAGCGGAGAAAACAGAAAAUCUGUUGCCUCCGUUCUUUUGGGUCACUCUGUCAAUUUUUUGAUGACUUUCAACCAAAAAAAGUUAUUUUUAUGAAGGAACAGAAAGAUGAACCCAAAUUUUUGUCAAGUUUCUUCAUAAUCUUGCAUUGCAAUUUGAGCACUUCCCCUCGAUCAUUUUGCAAGUAUCUUCAAUAACAAAAUUGGUCGUUUUUUUUUGCGUCAUGCAAAGCCUAUCCUUUUAGCUUUUAUAAAAAUUAAUAUUUCAUAAAUUCCCAAAAAAACACUCUCAAACUAACUUUCUGCCUCCGAAAUGGACGACAUCUCUUCACAUUACGCACUUUCGUACUCGUCUGUUUAUUAAGACUUUUCCACUCGAACGUUACUCAUUAGCCAGGCAUAGAACGUUUCAAUUAAUCCGACUAUAGCGGUGGUUUGUACGAAAAUCUGCUUUAAAAUUACAAAGUUUCCGCAAAUAGCCGCCCGCGGGGAAUUUGUAAAGUAAUUUGCGAAAUGCCCGUUUUUAGUGCACGGAUUAUUAUAAACAGAUUUCGAUGAGGGGAGAAUAAAAACGCUUUGCAGCAAUUUGUGAUAUUGAAUGGGAAGAUACGAGAAUGGGUUCGCAAGGAUUAGGGCGAUGACACUUUAGGGCUUUGUGGUACUUUUACAGGCCUUAAAAGUACUGCUUUAAAACACUUGCAGUUAGCAAGAUCAAGCGAAAAAAUUGUAUUUUUACAAUUCCUUCAAAAUUUGUUUUUUGAAAACGUAUCUUCAAAGAAUCUACAGUAACUUUACGCCCGUGUUUUUCAUCAAUUUUGCAAAUUGAAAAUCGCCGCUUUUUUGAUUUUAUCACGAAAAUCUGUUGUAGUCAUGGAAUGAAAAAAAUGUUUUUUCGAGAAUUGUUUAUCCAAAAAAAGGGCAAAUAACAAAAACGCCACUUUAAGAGUACCGUAGUCGCGAGCAACGUACAAGAAUACAAGGUCAGAGUACGUGUUUUCAAUUCAAAAACAACAAAUCAGAGUGGAUUCGUGAGGAAAGUGAAAACAUACAAAGAGGAAAUACAUAAUACGAUAUGAUGCAAUGAUGUAUUAGGUUGAUUCAAAAGUUUUUCCACAUUUUUUUGAGACACUUCAAAAUAAAAUUCCUGAAGCCUGAUUGAAUGUACGUUAAAACUGAAAGCAUAGAUGUAUGGGGCAGAACAUUGCAAAAUUUUUGAUUCGUAGCAUUUUAUUUUCUACAAGCUUCCUUUCAGAAUACUUCAAAAAUACUAAAAAUUUCUCCGUUUGUGUCAUGGUGAAUAUCCCGGGCCCUAGCAAUUUUCCAGCCCACUAAAAAGUCUCGGGUUUUGGGUUAUUCGUACUGGAGAUGGCUGUAGUUUCCUCUGAAUUUAUUGCUCUACUUAUAUCUACACUGACGUUUUUUGUAGCAUCCCAUAAAGUUGGCCGAAGAGCCGAGCUACCGAUCAAAAGCAGAUUUUUAAAAAUUUUUUGAAAGGAGUUAGACUUUUUUGACUCGGCUGCCAUUCAGGUUGUACAAAGACAGUAUGCUGAUGAUACAUUCAAAAAGUCACCAACUGAAAUUGCCUUAUAAGGUAGAAAAGUAGCAUAAACUGCACUUUUAGGCGAAUUUUUGAAAUUUUUUUACUGGUAUGGCAAGAGGACCUUCAGCUUAGCGCGUCUAGCAACUGAUAGUGUAUGUCAAGUAGGAUCAAUUAUUUAUUAAAUAACUAGGAUACCGGGCGAGAGUAAUGAACAGAAAACGUUUUUGUAAAAAUCCCCUAAAUUUCGUAAAAUAUUGGUAGAUUAGAAAGAUUCGAUUUUUCUGCCGCAUAGCUAAAGCUAGCGCGAAUGUUUAGCAUUGGCGUCGUAGUGCUACUCAUACACUACAAUAACAGAAAGCGUUAUCUCUAAGUGCUUCUAAUAGCUGCGCCUACAGGGUCUACUUUUGCCAGACCCUAAUUUUUGAUUUUUCGCACUAAAAAUUUUUCGACUAGCCCUAUAGCAAAUUGUCCUCGAUGCCAUAGAGAUUACAUACAGGCAUACCAUAUUCUAGAAUAUUAAGAAGAUACAGCCACUCUAGACGUAACGCCGGCGGUUUACUUUUUCUUCCUUCGAGUAGUUAAGGUUUAACACGGCGCUACUACUACAAAUUGCUAAGUUGUAAAAAGUUAUUAAUCUACUAUAAUCUACAAACAGCCCCCUUUCUAACAAGAUAUAUAUCAGGCCCACUGGCUUUGGUCUAAAUUUUUUAAAAUUUUUUAAAGACAUGUGGAAAAACUUUUGAAUCAACCUAAUAUUAUAGUAUCACUAGUCUGUCCAUGAAGUGCAUAGACUUUUCGUCGCAAAGCCUUUCGCAUUGUGCAUUUCACUUUUUCACAGUGAAAUUAAAAAAUGACGUCAGAUUUUUGCAACUGCGCCGUGCUGACAAACGGCUGCAUAAUGAAAAAAGAAGCAAAAUGCACUGUGUGCCGUGAAAAAAGUCUACGGACUUUAUGUAAAUUUAACAGAUAAUUGCACGGAAAUGGCUAAAAAAUGGACAGCACGUCAAUAGAGGGUAUUUCCUGAACCGUUUAGACGUUUCGUCCACACACUAUCGAUUACUAAAAGAUUUUAGACAGUAAAAUUUUUUCGGGUGAAUUUUUGGAAAGCAAAAUUUGUCAGAUUUUGGGAUCACAAAGCAACGUUUUGUCCCAGAUAGCCAAAAAAACACAGUCAAAAAAAAUUUCAAAAUUCCAUUAGUGAUAAAAGGCGCCUCGAUUAAACCUUGGUCAGAAAAUAGCUUUUAAGCUAUUUUCUGACCAAGGUGCUUAAAAGCUACGCUGGGUUGACGGGGUAGUGUUAAAACUCCGAAUCCGCACUUCGGUUACUUCUCGAUGGCUUUUUUCUUAGGUUGAAUAUCUCGACUGCCUCUGCAAACCGUAACAUCUAUGCCCAAUCCUUGCGCAAAAUUAAAACAGAAUCUAAGCAUCGCAUUUGUGCCGCUUCUUUUCUUAAUUUUCCUCGGAAACAGUGUUCCCGGAAGACUCUGCUAACUCAGCACAACACUGAAAAGAUAAAAACACACAAUCAACAUCUCCAUAACUUCAACUUUUUUAAAUCCUCAUCUUUCAGUUCCUCUCAAUCGGUCGCAACGAGACUAACGAAUGGCUCGAAACGUUGAUGCAACUGAGUGGAGCGUCAGACGCUCUCGAGAAGUCGGUUAAAGAGUUAGAACCAAAAAUGCAGUCAUUGGAAAGAGACGUCUACCCCAAAAUUGUCGAGUUGCAACGGUGGGAAAGUCAAUGGCGAAAAGUGGAGGAUGAAAUGGACGAUCAGCAAAAAAUGCAUUUGACCAACGAAGGAUACACAUUUUUAAAUCAUAAUCAAAUGAAACGAAUAUAUUCUAGCCCAUGUAAGUGUAGAAUCUGUGAGAAACGUGAAUAGAUACAGUUACGGACCUGAUCCAGUGGCAAAAAAGGUGCCAUUUUGCAUCCGGGAAGUGUCCAGAAAUGUAGCAAAAUGCCUCCUUCUCCAACUAAAAAAUCUCCGUUUUGAAGGGCUUCCUAACAAGGAAAGUACUUCUAUGGGGUGUGGAAUUACCGGUCGAGAUAUAUAUCAAAAAAUUCGCAAUAAAUUUCUGAUUCAGAAUAUAUAUAAAUUAGCUGCCUAAUUUUGGUCUAAUGACAUGUUUUUGUCGUCAGAAGUUUUCUCGCGACACCAUGCAAGUGUCUUUUUGAACGUGUUUUUACCAAAAAAAAAUUUUUGUUUUGUGCUAAACUAAAUUCUGAGGCCUUGACAAGCCCUAAAAUAUCAAAUUAGAUUACAACUACACUUUAAAAGUAGUUCCUGGGAUCUAGUGUGGCAAAAGGAAUCGAAACCGUUUCCCUAGGAUUUCCAAGCCAGCGCUCUAACCACUCGGCCACACCGCUCUCUUCCGAAGGAAGAGACCGAGCGCGCUUUUGUUGCCGCAGAUUUUUUUUCCUCGAGAAAAACAUUUAUUGAAAAAACUCGCUGAUAGACCAAAAUUAGGCAGCUAAUUUAUAGAUAUUCUGAAUCAGAAAAUUUUUGCGAAUUUUUUGAUAUAUAUCUCGACCGGUAAUUCCACACCCCAUAGAAGUACUUUCCUUGUAACAAAAAUAACGCGCGCUUUUUAAAUCGGGAUUUUUAACUUAGAGAGGGAGGUACUAUUCCACAUUUUUUUUGAUGCUUCCCGGAUGCAAAAUGGUAAAUUUUUUGCCACUGGAUCAGGUCCGCCAUUGUAUAUACCAGAAAAAAUAUUAUAAACCAGAAAAAAUAAGCUUUUGUAUUUAAGAUACUACCUCAUGCUGCAAGUUCAAAAACUCUAGUCGAAUCUCCAUUUCAGUAGCCCCUAAACUCGACGAAUCCACCUUUAUGAACGCCCAUUUAACCGCCGCGCAGAAGGAGUACCGGCUUGAGCAGGAUAUCCGCGCUCUCGCCAAGUACUCACAGCCCAAAGCGCCGAGGAGAAAGAAGCGAGAACGAAUUGACACUACCAAACUCGAGGCUGAGGAAUUUACGAUCGGCGAAGGGCAUCAUGACUUGAUCAUAUUCCAUGAAAACAACACUGUUGGGAACGUCGCUGUGACAAGUUGGCCUUUGAUUUUGGAGCAGAAUUGUAGUGAGAAAAGUGAGUUUCAGAGGGAAUUUUGGAUUUUUCGGGCGGGUUUGAAUUGGCUAUAACUUUCGUAGUUUUGGGCAAAGUGCUAAAAUUUCUUUUUUCUCUGAAUUCUCAGAGUCUCUUGCUUUUUUGAUACCAAAUAUGUCACAAGAACUUAACAAAUUUUGUCAUCAUCAUACAGAAAAUCAAAAAAUUUUGAAAAAAGUGCUUAUUAUUUUUUUUUUUGCAACGAGGCUAAUGGUAAGCUACUUGACAAUGAAUAAAAAAGAAACUUAUUCCGCAAAAUCAGCAAUUCAAUUUCUGCAAAAACACCUUUUUUGCUUUCAAAUAUUUACGUCCACAAUCACCUGGUCGUCUAUUUUUAUCCCCCAAAUACAAUUUUGUCCUAAACAGCCGUUCCAAUUUUCCUUUCGAACGAACUCUAAACUUGUCAACUAAUCACGGAUUAGUCGGCGUAGAUGUGUGAUGUUUCUAGAAGAAGGCCGUGAAAAACAAAGGCUUAAAACGGCUUAAGCGUGAAGAUACUAAAGUUGCUUUGAAUCAAUAUCCUAAAUUAGUGUAUCUUCGGAUUUAGUCGGGCUUUUGAGCUCGUCUAAAGCCGGCAAUGAUGAUAUCCAGGAACUAAAAAACUAGGAAUUUUGAUGACAAACAUAAUACGAUAAUUGUGAGGAAGGAUAAAGGGAUAUUUUGGGAGGGUUGUAACGAAUGGCGCUUAGGAGAAAAUAAAGUGGUUUGAGGAUGGUGGUACCAUGAGUUUAAGAGGGAUUACACGUCAAUUUAGAGCAUUUCCUGACAGGUUUAGAAGUUUUGUUCAUACACUAUCGAUUGACGAAGAGGUUUUAUGUAGAUAUAAAAUUCUGUCGGAAAAGAAUUUAAGGGACUAAAUUGGCCUCAAAACUUCAAGGAAACUAUAAAACAUCUUUUUUGGCAAAAGAGCGUGGAUUUGUCCGGGGGUAGCCUAGAGAAAAGCAGCCAAGGGUUAGUCACCAAAAUUUAAUAUCUAACGCAACGCCGGAUCGAUUAAAUCUUGGUCAGGAAAUAGCCUCAACUGCACUGGAUUGACGUCAAUUUCAACUUCAAUAAAACGGUAAACGCCCUGGGCGGCGAACCGCAAGGAACCUAAAAAUUUAUUUUUUAUACAAACGGUUUGUUGUGCAAAGCUUUACUUUGAGCAAAAAUUUCUCUUGAGAAGCUGUUCAUUAAAGAAUGAUGUUGUUUUUGUCCGCGAAGCCACAUACGUGCCGUUUACAUUUCAAUAGAGAUGACCCGGUUCCGGUGUUAGAUUCGGAAAGUACACAGCAAAGAACGUCUUUACUUCCCGAAAAUGUUGUUCCAGACAGGCUGACCUUUUGUCCAGCGGGAGCCAGUAAUACGUUUCCCCUUUCAAAACAAAUAAUAUUUUCUAGCGAAAAAAACAUGACGUAAGCGGGAAUUUCAUACUGUAAUUUUCAGACUGCACAGGUUUUCAAUUUUCAACAGCGGCGCUUUUCAAUUCCACAACUCCGCCGAAACAAUAUAUUCAAAGAGCGACGCCAAUUAGGCCGGUAAAUACCGGAGAUCACGUCAAACUUCAUGAUGAACAUCAGUCGCAUGGCUCAAAGUCAUCAACUUCUGAAGAAAGUUUAAAGGAACAUUCAAAGUCAGAGUCACAUCAUGAGAAAGAAAGUAAAGAAUCGGAGGAAGAAGAGGAUGAGGAGUUGCCAAAAUUUGAGACUCUAAAACCUUUUGCGUUUGGCGCAAAAGUCAAUAAAGGUGUUGUAUUGGAGGGCCUGACGUUAUCACCUUUUGCAUUUUGGUCGGAAAUCCUGCAACCAGAAGCUCUGAAUGUAAGUCUCAUCUGAAGCAAAUAGGGCCUUCAUUCCCCUACAUUUUUGUCACAAAUGAUCGGUACAUCUAAAAUCGUAUUUUACCUUAUCCACUUCAGUUUCAAGUGCUCUCACCUCGAGCCUUCAUACCGUCAAUUCUAUCGCCAAGCGCGCUGAUGGCAAGAGUACUGUCGCCAGCCGCAUUCAGAGCCGAGAUCCUUUCACCUCGAGCCCUUCAUGCGUGGGUGUUGACUCCGGAAGCUCUUAUCGCCGAGGUUCUUUCGCCAAAAGCGCUGGAAGUCCGAGUCCUCUCUCCUGAAGCGUUGAUUAUUCAAAUUUUGAGUCCAAGUAAGCUAAUGGCUGGAAUGGCUUUAUAUAUUUGACAAAAUGUACUUUUAACUGAUUCGUCUUGAUUUCAGAUGCUCUCGCGCCAAAGAUAUUAUCACCGGAGGCGUUGGGAGUUAUCGUACUCAGCCCAUCCGUGCUUUCGCCGCAUAUUUUGAGCAGCGAGAAACUCAUGGUCGAGGUACGAACUAAAGUCGAUUGAUUCAUUAGUAAUGCUUAAUUUUAUAGGUUUUAUCACCAAGUAUUCUUUCUGGAUCUGAAGAAAGUAAAGAGAGCAAGGAAGGAGAGGAGGAAAAGGGCUCAAAUGAAAAGGAAAAACAUAUAAACGAUGACAACAUUGAAGCCACCAAACCAUACGUUCAACCUCCUCCACAUGCGUAUCCAUUAAAGCCCCAGUUUUAUCAAGGAAAUCAGCCGCAGGAUAGCAAUUCACAUUAUACUCAACCGUCUGGUCAAGCUCAACAGGGAACCUUAAUUUUUUGA